AUGGCCGACGGGCUUCCGGGGCAUCUGCAUGAAUUCUUUCGCCCGGUCAAAAAUGCUACCUGGCUUGGUGGUGACGUGGAAUAUUCUUGGCUCAACGAGGCUUGGCCGUACCACUACAACGCGCUGGUCCCGUUGGCGUGGACGACCAACAAUGCACGCCUCAAACAUCAUGUCCUUCAGGUCACCGACUGGGUCAUAGAGCAUCAGCAUGCCGACGGCUGGCUAGGACCAGAAGAAGAGGUAGCCCGUCGAAACUUCUGGGGUCGGUAUCCCCUCUUCCUCGGGUUCAUGCAACUUGUCGAAGCAGAGCCGGAAUUAGGUAAAGCCAUGAUCCUGCCAGCGAUGCAUCGCUUCGUUCACCUCAUGUACUCAAUGCUGCAGAACCAUCAUCAGGGUUACGUCUGGAAGCCAGGCGAUCUCUUCGACGAACAAUGGGGUAGGUCUCGUGCUGCAGACAUGGUUUUGGCCUUACAGUGGCUUUACGAGAAACACCCGAUGGGUAACGAGAAGCUCAUCCAUUACUGCAUGGUGCAGAUGUACGAGCUGGCGUAUGACUGGUCGUACUGGUUCGAUGAGGAGCGGUAUUUGAAAGGCGAUCUAGACCUCUACCCCGAAGAGCUCACCCAAAGCCUCUUCCCGUACGUCCACGGCGUCAAUGCUGGACAGGGCCUCAAAUGGGGCGCAGUCAUGAGGCGACUUGUCCAAGAUGACGCGCUGCUCAACACUACCAGAAACGGGGUCAAUUGGACUUUUCAGUAUCACGGUACGCCUUCCGGUGCCAUCAUCGGUGAUGAACGCGAGGCAGGCUUGAGCCCGGUCCGCGGCACCGAACUCUGCAGCGUGGUGGAGACAAUGUUCUCGGUGAAUUACCUCUACCACUCCCUGGGAGACCGCGACUUUGCCGAAAAGUCGGAACGCACAGCGUACAAUGCCUUACCGGUGAUGUUGAUGCCUCACUGGUGGGCUCACCAAUACAUUGCCCAGACGAACCAGCCCAUCAGCCAUCAGUUGGAAAGCACGCCAUUCUGGAAUGUCGGCCCUUUCGGUCAGACGUUUGGCACCGAGCCAAAUUUCCCAUGCUGUACCGUGAACAUGCAAGGAUAUUCAAAGUUCGUUCCAGCAAUGUUCGUCAAGGAUGGCGAGAAUGGACUUGCCCAUGCCUUGCUGGGGCCUGCUCAUGUCAGCACGAUAUUAAGAAAGCGAAAUCAUGUCCGAGUUCGAUGCGACACAAACUAUCCCUUUAGCAACUACUUCAACUACGAAAUCACAGCAACGCGAGCCUUUCGCUUCUCCUUCCGAGUCCCUUCGUGGGCGUUGUUGGACAGAAGUGCAAUAGUCGUGGACAGUGGCAAGAGACAUGGCCUCAAACCCGAUAAUGCCACAGGUUUGCAUACCAUGGUCGUUCCCGCGGGUCGCACGCGGGUUGAGGUGUCCUUUGGCGCGACACUUCGGCUGGAACCAAGAGCGAACGACACUGUCUCCGUCUAUCACGGCGCGUUACUGUACGCAUUGCCCAUCGCCGGAGAAUAUUCGACCUCCCGCCCUGCCAACUAUCCCGGCACACAAGCACCUCCGCAGGCCAACGACUGGACCAUCUUGCCCAGAGAACCUUGGAACGUGGCCAUCGAUACGACGACGCUGAAGUUUUAUGAAUACCCGAACCGCUAUGACCGGUGGCUACCACACCCGAUCUGGCAUGAAGACAGACCACCGCUCAGUGUCUCGGCCCUGGGCUGCCAGAUCGAAUGGAGUCUGCAGGAUGGAUAUGCGCCGAAUCCGCCGUUAAAGGGCCAGCGGAACUGCACUGGUAGGGCUUUUCCUGUCGAAUUACGCCCAUAUGGGAGUGCGAAGUUACAUAUGGCAGAGUUACCCACCGUGGAUCUCAGACCCGGAAGCCCGGAUCUGUGGCGACCUUGA